AUGAGCUGCUGGCAGCUCUGCCAGCCCAGCUGCGGCCACAUGUGGACAGCCAGGAAGACCUGACCUUCCUCUGGGAUGUGUUUGGUGAAAAAAGCCUGCAUUCACUAGUCAAGAUUCACGAGAAACUUCACUACUAUGAGAAGCAGAAUCCCACGCCCAUCCUCCAGGGUGCGGCAGCCUUAGCUGGUGACCUGGCGGAGGAGCUUCAGAACAAGCCAUUGAACGGCGAGAUCAGAGAGCUGUUGAAGCUGCUGUCAAAACCCAACGUGAAGGCUUUGCUCUCUGUACACGAUACUGUGGCUCUGAAGAACUAUGAUCCCGUGUUGCCUCCUAUGCCUGAUGAUAUUGGUGAUGAGGAAGACUCGGUGAAAAUCAUCCGUCUGGUCAAAAACAGAGAACCGCUGGGAGCUACCAUUAAGAAAGAUGAGCCCACCGGGGCCGUCGUUGUGGCCAGAAUCAUGAGAGGAGGAGCUGCAGACAGAAGUGGUCUUAUUCACGUUGGCGAUGAACUUAGGGAAGUGAAUGGGAUACCUGUGGAGGAUAAAAGCCCUGAGGAAAUCAUUCAGAUCUUGGCUCAGUCUCAGGGCGCAAUCACAUUCAAGAUCAUACCCAGCAUCAAGGAGGACACACCAUCAAAGGAGGGCAAGAUGUUUAUCAAAGCCCUCUUUGACUAUGACCCUAAUGAGGAUAAAGCAAUUCCAUGUAAGGAAGCUGGGCUCUCUUUCAAAAAGGGAGAUAUUCUUCAGAUUAUGAGCCAGGAUGAUGCAACAUGGUGGCAGGCAAAGCACGAAGGAGAUGCCAACCCCAGAGCAGGCUUGAUUCCCUCAAAGCAUUUCCAGGAAAGGAGAUUGGCUCUGAGACGACCAGAAAUAUUAGUCCAGCCCCUGAAAGUUUCCAACAGGAAAUCAUCUGGUUUUAGAAGAAGUUUCCGUCUUAGUAGAAAAGAUAAGAAAACAAAUAAAUCCAUGUAUGAGUGCAAGAAGAGUGGCCAGUACGACACAGCCGAUGUGCCCACUUAUGAGGAGGUGACACCCUAUCGACGGCAGAUGAAUGAGAACUACAGACUCGUUGUCUUGGUUGGUCCUGUAGGGGUAGGUUUGAAUGAACUGAAACGAAAGCUGCUGAUCAGUGACACACAGCACUACGGCGUGACGGUGCCCCACACCACCAGACCAAGAAGAAGCCAGGAGAGUGAUGGUGUUGAAUAUGUCUUCAUUUCCAAGCAUUUGUUUGAGACCGAUGUACAAAAUAACAAGUUUAUUGAAUAUGGUGAAUAUAAAAACAACUAUUACGGCACAAGUAUAGACUCAGUUCGGUCUGUCCUAGCUAAAAACAAAGUUUGUUUGUUGGACGUUCAGCCUCAUACAGUGAAGCACUUAAGGACACUAGAAUUUAAGCCCUAUGUGAUAUUUAUAAAGCCUCCGUCAAUAGAGCGUUUGAGGGAGACAAGAAAAAAUGCGAAGAUUAUCUCAAGCAGAGAUGAGCAAGGUGCUGCAAAGCCCUUUACGGAAGAAGACUUUCAGGAGAUGAUUAAAUCUGCCCAGAUAAUGGAAAGUCAGUAUGGUCAUCUUUUUGACAAAACUAUAGUAAAUGAUGAUCUCACCAUGGCCUUCAGUGAGCUUAAAACAACUUUUGACAAACUGGAGACAGAUACCCACUGGGUUCCAGUGAGCUGGUUGCAUUCGUAACUAA